AUGGCUGCCAAGCUAUUUGAUGCGAAGUACCUUGACCCUUACGACCACCCACCCAGCUAUGCGAUUCACCAGUAUAUGCGAGAAAGUUCGGCCUACCGUUAUCUGAUCCGCCAUGGCCUGGAGAAGCAUAUUCCAAGGUUCUAUGGCUCGUGGUCUACGAUGAGCGCGGACACCCAAGGUCGGCAGCGAUCAGUCCGAAUGGUCCUGACCGAGUACAUCGAAGGGAUGGAUAUGGCGCAUCUGCGGCCGGCGGACUUCUCGGCAGCAGAACGCAAGAAUCUGCUACAGCAGGUGGUAGAAGCCGAGACGCGCUUCUAUGCCCUAGAUUUGAGCCAUGGCGACUUGUUCCCCCGGAAUGUUAUAGUGACUGAGACGCGGCGGGUUGUGAUCAUUGACUUCGGGCUGGCCUCGAUUGGUCGCUCUGCCUCCGAUAUCUACGACUUCGGCGACCCCGAUGAUCUGCUAGAUGGAAGAUACAUCAGCCCUAUCGUGCGCUGGUGGCGGACCGAGGACGCGAACGACGAGUGGGCCUUGUCCGGUUGGAUUACCUGGAGCUGGAAUCGGUGGCUGGCCGACACUUGGACCAGCGAUAUUCCCGACAUCACGCCGGCCAUGCUGAAGUGGCUUCCGUAUCCUGAGCGUCAGAAGCCUUUCUUCUAUGACUUGUUCCAUGGGUGUGAUCGAACAGCGCCCAAGUGGUAUGUUGCUUAUAAAGACCGGACGCCUUUUUAG